AUUGUUUCUUUUUUAAUUGAAGGAAUAUUUGGGUCAUCGGGAAAAGUCUGGAAAGAACAGCGAAAGUUUGCAGUAGAAACAUUAAGAGAGUUUGGAUUUGGACGGACCAUGAUGGAAGAUAAGAUUUAUGAAGAGAUUGCAGCGUUGGUGGAAGCUAUUCGACAGAAAAAUGGGGUUGGGUUUGAUAUGUGUCGAUUGAUACAUGUUUCAGUGUUUAAUGUUAUUUGUUCGAUUGUAUUUGGUGAACGCUUUGAUUAUAACAACAAAGCAUUGCAAUUAUAUUUAAAUAAAGCUGAAGAAAAUUUCCAGUAUCAUAGAACAAUUAAUAAUGUUUACAAAGCUAAUGCCACACUGGUUGAACCUGCAAUUGAAGAGCAUUUAAAGAACUAUGACGAGGAUAACACCGAUGACUUUAUUAGUUGUUAUUUGAAGGAAAUG